AUGGCAGACUCGAACACACAACGGUAUGUGAGGCAUUUAGUGACUGACUUCCCAGCAGAGGUGUUGUUUCAAAAAUGUUAUACGGAUGCAAAAUUCAAAGAAGUGCAGGGACAGUGCAAGAAGAUGUUGUAUGUUCGUCCCCUAGAUCAGUAUGAAAUUGGUACUAAUCUAAUUGAGUUUAUUAUCGAAGACCGUGUUUGGAUCAAGCCUAAAAAUGCGAAGAAGGAUGAAGUGACAAAGAUUCGUAGAUGCUACCGGGUUGUAUAUGAUAGUAGUACGUAUGAAGUUGCAUGUGACUGUAAACACUUUGAGUGUCAUGGGAUCAUUUGUCGACAUAUGAUUCUUGUGAAGGACGUACAACGGAAACACACACGAGUAAAAGUUGCUUACCAUGAUCCAUUGACUACUGAUGAAGUGAGGAAUUAUCACAAUCUUAUGGGGACGUACGAACCUAUUUGCUCUAAGGCUUCCAUUUGUAAGGAGCCAGUGCAGGCUGUCAAAGAGAUGUUGCAGCUCAUGGAUCUGAGAGUGGAUGAAGUUCUAGCAAUGGUUGCGAAAAGGCAGAUUGCAGGAGGGAAUGAGAAUGGUCCUGGUGAGGAUGAAGGUGUACAUGGAGUUGCCCGAACGCCGUCUUCUGUGGCACAGAACAAGGGGCCUAAGAGGACAAACACACCAAUGACAGUGGCAUCAUGA